CCCAUCUGAGGGAGCCGGCCAGCCGACGUCAUCCCGCGACAGCUCCGAUGAUUGGCUACAGCUUGGGAACCUAAGACGACGACAAGACGGCUGAACUGUCCGCAGCAUCGAACUAUUGAUUUCGUUAGGCAUCUAAAUAGAUGUAAUUUAUAUGUAAUAGUUAUAAGAAAGAAUCAAGCGAACUACUUUGCGAAUGCUAUCUCUCAGACUCAUCGUAUUUACUGCCAUCUCGACAUUCAUACUUCUCGCCGCGCUCCUCUUUGGCACAUACCCUUCCUCGAGCUGGCUUCAGUCUCUGAAACCUAACUUCCCAGAAUCCUUUGACAAAGGAUCAUCUUCAUCCCACCACAACACGACGACAUCCAUCAUCAUGGGUGGCCAAUACCGCUCCGUAGCAUACUUCGUGAACUGGGCCAUCUACGGCCGGAAACACCUCCCGCAGCACCUGCCCGCGGAGAAACUGACGCACGUGCUAUACGCCUUCGCCAACGUGCGCCCGGAGUCCGGCGAGGUCUAUCUCACAGACACCUGGGCCGACACGGACAUCCACUGGGAAGGCGACUCGUGGAACGACGUCGGGACGAAUCUCUACGGAUGUCUGAAACAACUCAACCUCCUGAAGCGCCGCAACAGGAGCCUCAAGAUCCUCCUCUCGAUAGGCGGGUGGACAUACAGUUCUAAUUUCCGCCAACCCGCGUCCACGCCCGCCGGCAGAGAGACGUUCGCGCGAUCAUGCGUGGAUCUCGUCAAGAACCUCGGGUUCGACGGCAUCGACAUCGACUGGGAGUAUCCGCAGAACAGCGAGGAAGCAGAGCACUACGUCGCGCUAUUACAAGCCGUGCGCGCCGCGCUCGACGAAUACGCCGCGCAGUCCGCGGGCGGUUAUCACUUCGAGCUGACGGUGGCGUGUCCCGCCGGCGCGCAGAACUACGAGAAGCUGGACAUGCCCGCCAUGGACGCGUAUCUCGACUUCUGGAACCUGAUGGCGUACGAUUACGCGGGGUCCUGGGACUCCACGGCGGGACACCAGGCGAAUCUCCACGCUAGCGCGUCGAACCCGUCUUCCACGCCUUUCGACACCGAGGGCGCCGUGGCGGCGUAUAUGGCCCGCGGCGUCGCGCCUGAUAAAAUCGUUCUCGGAAUGCCGUUGUACGGCCGCGCGUUUCAGAACACGGAUGGUCCGGGGGCGGCGUACUCUGGUAUCGGCGAGGGGACGUGGGAGAAUGGUGUGCAUGAUUAUAAGAAGUUGCCGUUGGAUGGUGCUGAGGAGAGGAUGGACGAGGACGCUGGCGCGACGUAUUGUUAUCAUCCUGGGACGAGGACCAUGGUCAGUUAUGAUACUGUGCCUAUGGCGCGGAGGAAGGCGGAGUAUAUUGUUGAGAAAGGACUUGGUGGCGCCAUGUGGUGGGAGUCCUCAGGGGAUAAAGAGGGGGAGGAGAGUUUGAUCGGGAAUGUGGUUGAUGUGCUUGGUGGAAGCGAUGGGCUCGAGAAGAGCGAGAAUUGCAUCGAGUUCCCCGAGACGAGGUAUGAUAAUUUGCGGGAGGGGUUUCCUAAUAAUUAGGGUUGAUAUCUGGGGAAGGCGAGAAGUGUUCUUGUCUUGAGGAGUGAGUAAGGGAUAGGUGGAUGGAGAUACGCGGGUUCGGGUUGAAAAUUAUUUGCAUGGUUUGGAAUGGGAAAAUUACGUAUGUAUGGGGUUGAUAGAAUAGCAAUCCUGUGUUAUGAGAUAUGAAAUCAUGAAUGAUGGUGUCUUUUAUUUUUUACGCCUGUGCUGUAGGAUACUUCAUUCAUAUUUUCUAGAUGAGCGCUAC